UUCGUUAUAUUAUUUAUUAUAUUUUUAGUUAUAUUAUUCGUUUUGUGGCUGUAGGAAAAGUGCAUUCUAAGUUCUUAUCGUAUGUGAAGUUAAAGUGCAAUGUCUACGUUUGAAGAUUUGGCAGCAUACGCUGUAAUAGCGGUAGCUAUUAAAAAACGCAAGAAACGAAGGCAUCAAAUGUGGAAAAAAGAAUGGCUUCAGAGGAAGAGAUUUAACCACGUUCACCUUCUUAGGGAGCUUGAAGCAUAUCCUAGAGACUGGAAAAACUACUUAAGAAUGGACGAGAAAACGUACUUUGAUUUAUUACGUAUAGUAACACCAUUGAUUACCAAACAAGAUACAAAAAAUGAGGGAAGCCAUUACACCACAUGAAAAACUGACUGCGACAUUGCGGUAUCUAAGCACUGGCAGAACAAUGGAAGAUUUAAAGUUUUCAACGAGAAUUUCCCCCCAAACAUUAGGAAGAAUAAUUCCAGAGACCUGCUCAGCUAUUGUCAAGGCCUUGAAUGACUAUUGCAAGGUACCGAAUACAGCCGAGGAGUGGAAACAAAUUGCACAGAGAGCACCUCCAAAAUAUUGUCACGAGGGUGAACAAAGGCAUGCUGCAGAACUUGUAUUUUUAAAUUUUAGGAAGACUCAAGCACCUUAUGCUAUAUGCAAACACAUAUUUGAGAAUUGCACUGUUGACUAUGUUAUAUUUGAAACUGCUGGUACCCUCAAAGAUGCUCUUGUUAGAGAAUGGAACACCCUGGGUAGCGAUGACAUCCAAGCUUUACAACAAUACUUACUGCAAUACGUCAUCAAUAAACCUUCUCUACCAGUCUUCGUACGGGAAAGAAUACUACAGGUCAUAGCCAUUAUGGUGAAAAGAGGAAGUGUGACCGACUUUGGUGUUGAAAGAGGGAAACUUCUAACUGAAGUUGAACAGCUUAUUAUGAAAAGUAAUGACUUACCCAAGCAAGUUUUAGGCUGCAGUAUUAUUUCUGCCUUGAUACAAGAAUAUGCAACAACUGUAAAAUCAUCAGAUGUUGGCUUAACAUGGGAAACUCACUUCAAAGCCAAAAAACAGUUCGAGGUUUCAGAUCUGAAGCGUAUCCUGCAGUUUACAGUGUCUGCACUGGGAGAGAUCUGCAAGCUGUCACCUCCAUUCCCACAGCCAGCCCUCACACUGGUCAAACACUUGCUCUCGAUAUCAGAGACUAUCCUUAACUGGGGCUUCAUAUCUGCUCAUCUUCCUAAAAGAUUAAUUGGAGUAUUUGAAGCUGUGUAUGAAUCCGACAACAGCCCAUCUCUGAAACUUGGACCUCGCUGGAAAGAUGUCAUUUUGGAUCCCAAUCUAACAAAUCUAUAUUUUGAUAUACACUGGAAGAUACGAGACAAUCCAUCACUGGCUCACCACUCCCUCAGCUGUCUAGUGCAACUGGCCUCUCUUAAUGGACCAGUCAUGGCUUGCCGUGAGAUCAAGGUUAACUACAUCUGCAACUACUUACAGGCAUUCAUUAGAUUUGUGUCCAGUGUACAACUUCUGGACCGUGAAGCUCUUGGCAUCAGCAACAUUGUGCGCAAGGUGUUGCUCUUUUACCCUCCAGCAACAUUGGUCACUCUGCCCAGUGAUAUCUUACAAGUGUUUCUCCAAACUCUGACAAGACUCACUUGUUUUUUUGCUGAAGGAGCAGCUCAAGAAGAAUCGGUAUGUGUGGAUGACUGCUUCUUCAUGGAAGCAUUUGACAACAUGUUGAAGGCUUGGACUACUGUGUUGGGAGACUACCAACUGUUCCCAGAAGAGUUCUGUAAACAGUCAUGCUUACAGAUCUUUAAUACAUAUCUCCAAUCCCACCUUUCACCACCUGAUGGCACCAGAGGAACGGGUCGUGAUAUUGAUUCUGAAGAAAUAGAUGAAACCGAAGAAGAUGACCAGAUAAAAUUCAGAGAUCAAUUACAGUCUAUCGGAGUAUUGGGUCGUCAAAUACCAGGUCAUGCUCUUCCCCUAUUGGCUAAACUUCUGGAGGAGCGCAUAAACAGACUGCAUCUGCAGCUACAACGCAUGCACAUGCACAUGCAAGGUCUCAACAUAUCCGAGUCCAAUGUCCUUGACUGCUUGUUUGAAGACAUACAUUGGCUUCUUCUAAUCACUGGGCAUGUAAUCUGCAUGGAUAGUGAGGGAGAGACAGCACUGAUCCCAAGUGAGAUAAUGCAUUACAGCAUUCAUCAGUCAAACAGCAACAAAGUUGACAUCAACACUACUCUAGCUUUACUAGCCUCCCCUAGCCGUAAUCUAGCAGACAUCCCUGGUGCAGACCAAGCUGCGGACCACGUUGUCAGGCUGGUGGCAGCAGUGUUAAGGUUUUGUGAGGUUGAGUCCAAGGUAGUAGAGGCUAAAGUGUUUCAUCUGCUCAGUCCUCAAGUGAGCAGCACAACUCUCUGGUUUUUGAGGCAAUGGGCUCUCUCAUACCUCCUUCCCACAGAAACCUACUACUCAGAGAUUAGUAUGCCUUUGGUGUCAGCAUUUGGGCAACACACAGAUGGAGCUAUGUGGACAAUGAACUAUCUACUCAAUAAAAUCGAGUCAAAUCUUUGCUUACGUAACAGUGAACCGGUUUUAGUCAAGGAAAGUGUCAAUCUUCUCACUUCUCUUGUGGAGGUUCGGGACAAAGGCGCAGUAGUCCUGAAGUGUCAGGGGUUCUGGCAGAUAGUGAACCUACAAAACAAGCUGGAGCGAGGAGUGCUGCCGCAGGCUGCCAAACGAGGUCUCAUGAAGGCUUUCAUCCUGGCUGGUGCAGCCUUGGAAGACAGCCAGAAACGGGAUGAGUAUUGGCUACAGAUUUUGAAACCUCUACAAGAACGAUUCAAAAAUAUUGUUUGCCAAGAAAACUUCAACCAAAUUUUUCAAGAUGACAAAACCAGAAAUGAAGUUAUAGAUAUUUUUGAAUGCUUUAUUGGAGUGGUGCAGGGCUCACAAGUGACUACAGUCCAGUCACUGUUUGUGUUUCUCUCUCCGAUGUUGUAUGAGUGUGCUGCCGUACUGAACGUCUACCACAACUAUCAGCAGAUUGUUGAGCUCAUUUUACAACUGUUCUGCGAGUGUGCACGUGGGAUGCUCUGUUAUCUAACACCAGCAGAGAGUAGGCAGAUGUAUGAAUGCUGCCUCUCUACAAUCCAGGCAUAUGCAAAGUGCAAUUUGGGAAAACAUAGUUUGGAGGCAGCUGCAGAGGAAGAUUCUUUCAGUGAUAUCCAGAUGCUCAUGGAACUUCUAACAAAUCUAUUGUCAAAAGAUUUCAUAGAUCUUAGUCCUCCAGAAGACGGCUUACCCCCAGGCAGUGAAGGCUCAGCUAUCACAGCAGGCAAUGUCUGUCUCUAUGGCCUAAAUAUCAUCAUGCCUCUAAUGACCAUGGAUCUCCUCAAAUUUCCCUCUUUGUGCCUUCAGUAUUUUAAGAUGAUUACAUUUGUUUGUGAAAUGUACCCUGAGAAGAUCUGUCAGCAGUCAGAGGACUUGUUGGCCAGUAUUCUGAUGACUAUCCAGAUGGGAUUGAUGACUCUAGGUCCAGAAGUAACAACAAUGUGCUGUGACUUCAUUCAAAGUCUUGGUUCACAUCUGCAUCGUCACAGCCAAAAUGGCAGUCCAGCCUACCAGGCUCUCAGACCAUUCCUCAAGUUGCUUAUGGACUUGAUUUUGUCACACCAAAUAAAUUCAGAGCAAGCUGGUCCCGCCCUCUUCGUUCUCAUAUGUUGUUAUCAGGAAGAUUACCAAGAAAUAGCCCAGAAUCUGAUAAACAAUCAAUCGGACUCUGAGACUGCACAGAGGCUGGCCAAGGCCUUCACUGAUCUGACUACCAACGUUACACUGGACACAGCAAGGUCCCAAAAAAUGAGGUUCAGAGAAAACUUCGACAAGUUUAUCGUCAAUGUCCAUGGCUUCCUGCUUGUCAAGUGAAAAUUGUGUCUCCGCCAUCAAACCAGUUUUAUGGUUUGAUUUGUUAUUUUACUGUAUAAUAUUUCAAUCGAGAGGAAAGAGUCACUCAAGGUGAUAUUAUUUGUAUAAAAAGUAUAAUUAAUAUUUAUUAUUACUUUUUUACUCGUACUCUGGACUUAUAUACUGUGUACUGUACUUAAGUCAUUUUGUUACUAUGUAAAUAAUUGUUACAUAAAUGAUUACCAAAAGUGUUUUAAACAACGUAAAGCAACACUAAUGAAAAGCCCUCUUUACCAUUAAUUUUUAUACAGAAAAAUACACAAUCAGGUCCAUGUAUUUUAACCCUUUGAACAGUAAUGAUGGAACGACAGUCAUGUCGGCGUACUUCAAGCCACCCACAGUAGCGAUGCCACAGAAUUAUCUUAAAAGGCAGUGUGAACAUGCAUGUUGCGAUCUACGUUUUUUUUAGUAGUUAACUACUUUGUCAUCUUUUGACGAGUUUCAGAAGCAAAUUUUUGUAGUUAUAUCACAUCCCUAGGUGUCAAAAGUGUGUUAUUUACAUAAUUUGUUAACACUACUGGGCGGAGCCAUCUAGCUCAUGCCAAACACUAGGAUUCAGAACUGUACGAUGUAGGACUAUACAACAUGAAUGUCUAUUUAUAUAUUUUUUUACAUAUAUAUUCUUUGUAUAGAUUGCUUUUUUUAUUUUUCCUAUUAAUUUUUACCAAAAUUUGAGUUAAAACAAAUUUUUUUUUAAUAAAAACUUGGUUAAACGACAUUUUUUAUAAAAGAUAAUAAUUUCUGAACUUUCGCCAGAUAAAGUAUCAAUAUAAUGAAAAAAAAACAGUGAUUUAACAAAUUUUUAAAACUUGCGUUUUAGUAUUUGUUGGAUUUUUGGAAAGUCAUUUCCAAAAAGAUUAAACAUUAGCAAUUACUAAUUAUGUUUUAUUUAUUAUUAUUUCAUGUAUAGACAAGAGUUAAGACACACUUUUCACAAAUGACAGUAAUAGAAUACGAGUUAAUAGCUUUGGAAUGAAACUGACAAAAUCCAGUAUAAUAUGAAAAACUAAUCUUUGACUGUUAAGAUUUAGUAAAACUUUGAAUAUUUAAUGCAAAAGUAUGAAUUUAUAUGUUAUGCAUUAAUUAAAUAUGUAUGUUAUGACGAAACCUAAAUAAGUUCAAAGUAAAUUAAUAUUCUGACUCUUUUCAACAAUAAGUCUGUGAAUCUGAGCAGACAUUUUGAUGCUUACAUUGUAUGUUCAUUGAAUAAUAAAAGUGUUAUAUUUUAUUUUGUAUGGUUACUGUUCAUAAUGAAUGUUACUUUAUAUUACCACAGUACUUUUUCUUUUAUGAUAAUAGCAACAUUAUUUUAUGCAUCAUUAUAGGAUGUGAAGACAGGGCAGAUCAAACACCACUUUCUUUUAAACAUUGAGUAACAAUAGUUUAUGUAUUUAUGCUCUUAAUGAAUGUUUGUAAACUAUGUUUGACCCUCUGACAUGUUUUUAUUGAUUUUUCUUAAUACAAUGUUUAGUAUUUACAAUUUGGUGGUCCCCAUAGUUUGUAUGAAAUUUAAACCACAUGUUGGACGAGAUCUGCACUGGCUGCUUUACAUAAACUGUCCUAAAUUAAUUAGAACUAAACUAGUUUACUGAAUAAAUUUAUGUAAACUCAACGCCUUCAUCCCCCAAUCAUACAUGAAAAAUAUAGGGUGAAUAUAACUAUGUUAAAAUACAGGGUGUACCAAUAACUGAGAAUCUAAUAUUUGAGCCUUGAAAGUGUCAAAUCCAAAAUUUGGUAUAUUUAAUAUAGGUUGUGUUGUGUAUAAAACUGUCAUAAACUCUUAAAAUUUUUGGAAAAAAUUCAAAUAACUGUUUUGAAAUAACAACCAUAAAUGUAUGUGUGGACAGAUACAGAACAUCUUGUGCACUCUUAAAAACUUAAAUGUAUGAGAGAUAAUAUUUUAAUUAUGUCAUAAGAAAACUUUUAAUAAUUGAAAAACUAAACAUGUUUUAUAUUUAAACUUAAUAUUUAUAUCCAUAUUCGUUUUAAAUACACCAAAUUUAAAAUGAGAAAAAUCUAUAUAUCCAUAACUUUGUUUUCACUCAUGUUGUGUGUUCAAAUAAGAUCAAUCGUACUAUGGAAUAUAGUAAAUCUAUGGAAUGAGUAGGCUAAAAACUGGCUGUUUUAUUUAUAGCUUGAUAGCAAAUGAAGUUGAAUGUAAAAAGUAUUGUUUUAUAUUAUUUUCUAAUUGAUGUACAACACAGCAUGGCUUGUUCAUUUUAAUUGUAUUGUUUAAACAAUUUUAAUUUUUCAGAGUAAAACCGUUCUUUGCAAAUAAAAAUGUUUUGAAAAAUUGUCUUGUAAUAUCUAAUUGGUAAAAAUAUUACGUUCUAAAUAAUUAUAGUCCUCAAGUUUUAAUUUUACAUAAGUUUUGUUCAAAUCCCAAGAUAUUAUGUUUGUACAUUUUAUAUUUAUUUAUGGUUGUAAUUGUUUUAGUACAUUUGAUAUUAGGCCUAAUGUUCAACACACUCUAUGCUUACAUAACAACUGUUAAGAUUUGAUACCAGUAUGAAUCAAUUGCUAGAACACCCUGUAUUUUAAAAUGGUUGAAAUGUUUUCAUUGAAUUUAUCAUGCAUCAUGGGUUUAUUUCAAAACGAUCCGGCAACUAUUUUGUCCACAAUCCACUUAAGAGAUAUGAAAUACCUAUUUAAAUAUAUACAUUGUACAAUAAUAUUGUUGUUACACUUUUGUAUGUAACACUAAUAUAUAGACAUAAGGAAUGUAAUUAUAAUUAUUUAUUGAACUAUUAUAAUUAUUGUAAAGAACAUAAUACAAAAAAAUACUUAGUAAACACAACAUAAAUUCUUUUUUAGUUCAUUCUAAAGAUACUCAAUACUGCCGUUUUUACUUUUACUAGUAAAUUUUCCUCUAUACAUAUUUUUUGAACAUAUAUAUGUUUUUUGGAUUCAAAUAUGAAAAAAUAAAUAUUAGUGCUUUUAAAAUUGAGUUAUGAUCCAACCACAGUUGAUAGUGAUAGCCUUUCUUGUUAGCUCCUUCUGGAUUGGAGGUUGUCCUCCUACCCAGCAUUUGUACUGAGUGAUUUUGUACAUAAUAUAAUAAGAAACUGUGAUGUCUAACUUAAUGGAAAAAUCAAUUUUGGUUGGUAAAAACCACUGUUGAUAUAUGUUAUUGUAAUUUAUUCUGCUUUUUUGCUGUGGAAUGAGUGAAGACUUGGAUUAAAAUUUUAAACUAUUUGCACUUCCCGAUUCAAUUUAUGGGGAAAUGCUUGAAUUAGUGUAUAAAUACUUGCUCCUUACUAAUUGUAGCUUGUAUACGAGACACGUUAUUUUUACAGGCUUACACCAUAGUGAUCAAACAUCAUAUACAGAAUUUCCAUGGUUUGUGUUCCCAAAAAAAGGGAAUUGGAAAGUAGUAUAUUAGUUUUUCUAAGAAACAAUUAGAACAGUAAUUUUUUAAUUUGGAUUUGUAUGAAAAAUUCGUUAUUAAUUAAAAACUAGUAGAACAUCUAGAGAUUAGUAGAUUUUUUAUUCGCCUAAAAUUAAUCAGUGUAAGAAAUUGCUCAGUAUUGAUUCUUGUUAGUGAUCAUGGCUCUAUAGUGAGAGAGUCCAACAAUUCAGUCAAACUGACGUCAUAAGGUGUAUGUCGCAGUCAACAUGUGAACCCAAGCAAAGAUACAAACCAACAUGGUACAAAAUCUGACAAAUCACAACCAUGGUACAACCAAAUACAUAACUCAACAUGGUACAAAAUAUUAUAAAGCAAUUAUAUUAUUGAACAAUUUUUUCUUUAGUAUUUUUUCCAAUAAUUUUGAUUGGUUUUAAAUACAUUUUAUAAACUUUACUUGUAAAAAUACUUUUAAGAGUAAAAAAUACUUAGUAACAACAUUUAAUACAAUACUGACAAGUAACAUUUAAGAUAUAACCCCUUUAGUGCUGCAAUUUUUUGUCUACUGCCGUACGCAAGAAUGCUAGCAGAUUUUACCCAAAAUGGAGUAAUUUCCCAAAAAAUUCCUAAAAUUUAAAUUUAUUUAGUUAAUUCGUUUUAUUCAUUAUAAAACGUUUAAAAAAUAUAAGGCCAGAAAUGUAAAAUAAGGUACUGUGAAAACAUUUUGAGUUUCAUCUAUAAUACUUAUUUAUAAUUUGUUGUUUACCUUUUGUUAAGUGUCACUGUAAUAACAGUAAGUUAAAAAUAACAAAAUGUACCAGAUUAAUAGCAAAACCAUAAAGAAUGACAUCAAAUACAACCAAACAGUAAUCAUUGAACAUAAAAAAAUCCAGGCAAAUUGAAUGAUUUGCUGUUUUUGUGUAGAUUCGUUAGUUAAAGACAGUUCACGAACAUCAAAACUACUAAAAUCAGUACAUGAAGCCUUUGAAACAAAAUUAUAUUUUUACUGCCCACUGUUAUUAUAUAACUUCAGCAUAAAUUUUUAGAAUUGCUCUCAUACUCUCUGCACCUUUAGACUAAAUCAUGGAAUUGCUCACAGCAAUGCUGUGGCAUUUAAAGGGUUAAUCACUUAAAUCUGACUGUAUUUCCAGGUUUAUAAUAAAACUCUAAUGCCAUACAAGGGGUAUCCAAAAAGUAAGUUUCCCUAAGUUAUAAAAAAUUAAAAGUUGUAGAUAUUAUAUUGGGUUUCCGGGCUAUAGGUAUCAAGAAAUAAUUAGCACAUUUAAUAUAAUAAUAUACUUUCUAUUUGCAAACAACUAUGGCAGCAUGUUAUAAAUACAACCAAGAUCAUUCAUUAUCUUUCUCAGUACAGUUGAAUGUGAUCACUUGUUACUCUCAAGCAAUCCAACAAUCAGUAUUUAACCUCCCACCAUGUGUUUGUAAGCAUUUCUGUUAUAAAUACAACCAAGAUCAUUAUCUUUCUCAGUACAGUUGAAUGUGAUCACUUGUUACUCUCAAUCAAUCCAACCAUCAGUAUUCAACCUCCCACCAUGUGUUUGUGAGCAUUUUUGGUGCUAUACUCUUAUCUGGUACAUAAAAUCUUUGAUAUAUCCCCAUGCAAAGGAUUCUAGGUACAGUGGCCAUCUUAUUGGCUAUACAAUAGGCCCUCUCCUACGCACUGACCAACUAGGAAAUCAUUCGUUAAGAAAAUCCCAAACAUUAUUAAGGUGAUUGGCUGGAACACCGUAUUUCCAGAAUACGGUUUGGUCUGGCAUUUGGUCUGCAAAAUUUGUCCAAAUAAAUGUGGCCUGGUAUUGUUCCAUACAUUUUGUAUUGGUAUGUCUCUUUCGUGCAUUACUGAAACAGUGAUUUUUUAUCCCCAAACAUGAUUAUAUAUAUGUUUAAUAUUCCAAAUAAAUGAAUUAAAAGUCAAAACUGGUGCUGUAAUCAGCUGACUUCUCAGAAAACAUCAUCAUUUGUCUUAUAUUCACGUUGGUGGCAAAGUUGUUGUUGUGGGCAGAGAUGAUUAACUUUAGUUGCAUGAAAUUUUGUUUUAGUUGGUAGUUUUAAGAGAUGGUCCAAGAAAUAGUACAGUUAAACUUUAAACAUACAAUAUUGAUAUUAUUACAUUUUAAAUUGAAAUCACAACAAAAUUAUUAAAUAUUCUUCAUGGAUUUAUUUCUUGAUACCUCUAGCCCGGACACUAGAUAUUUUUAUUUUUUUGUAAUGAUCUUAUUUACCUAAAUAAUUACUAUUUCAAUUAAAACAUUUUUGCUAUCUUGUCAACAACUUUUUAAUUUUAAUGUAAAUCUAGUAUCAUUGAUUCUACUGUCAAAUGCUUCAGCUGGUUAUCCAUAAAGUUUUGGCCACCAAGAUAGCAUUUGAGUUUGUAGAAAAAAUUAGCCACUUGUAACUAGGUCAAAUGAAUAUAGUGGAUGACCAAGCCUUUUCCAUCUAAAUUAAUCUAGAAGUUCAUGUAUUGCUUAUGCAGCAUAAGAGCAAACGUCUUGGAUAAACAAAACUUCUUGACAAAAGCCCUCAUCAUUUAUUCUUUAUAGCCCAACAAACUUUAAAUAGAAGUUCUUAAUUAUACUCUGUGUUUAUCAACAUAAUUGUUGGCAGGUAAUCAACCAAGAACAUGCCUUGGAAAUUGCAGAAUAUUGUAGCUAUCACUUUUCCUGCAUAACUUUUACUUUUUGAGGUGCUUGAUCUCCUAUUUUUGCCAUAUCAUAUUAUGUCAUUUAGUUUCAGGAGUUGAAUACAGCACCCAGGUUUGUCACAAUUCUUGAAAUCAGAGCCUCUAUUUCAUUUUUUUUUUUUGCAGUAAGAAAACAAAUAACAUUGUAAGUCUUACAGCUGGCGGAAACACAAAGUGGAGUAUCCAUUAUUGUCAGCAUGCACAAGACCACAGGAUGGUCACCACAGAUACCAAUACACCCUUUCUAAAUUACUCAGUUGUAGGGUAAUCUUUUGUGUUGAUUCAUACUGUGAGACAACAAUAAGGAAACCUUCUAUUUGACACCCUUUGUUUUAAUGAAUCUUUUACACAGUCAGCCUAAAAAUUUGAAGAAACCUGAGGAUAAGAAAAACCAUUUUCUUUUCUUAUGAUUUCUGACCUAACUAGCAAAGCUUGUAAUGGAAGUUACUGUGUUAAUUUUAUGUACUGAUUUCUAUUAUAUUUAAUGAAUAAAACAACACCAUGUCUGCUCUUGCAUUUUAGCACAGAUUACCAAUAACUAACAUAGUACUUUAAUGAAAACUGAACAUUUGUGAUUUCUUUCCCCUUAACAAUUUAGUUAAUAAAAGUUGUUUUUAACGAUAAAAAAUUAUUCUUGCUCUUUACUGUUCUGACUUAUAAAAGUACCAUCCAUCCCAAUUUUAGUUGGAAUAUUUUGAUGUUUUAUACAUUGAUUACUUAUGAUUAUUUUUUGUGCUGUGUUGUGUGAGUGUGUGUGUUCUUUGUGUGUGACUUCAUUUCAAAAUUUUAUGAUAUAUAUCUGUUAGGACAUUGUGUUUCUAACUUAGAUAUGUCCUUUUGUAUUUGGUUUGAUCAGUUAUGGUGUUAAAGAGUUUACUACUUAUGAACUUUAAUUUUGCAAAGUAUUAUAUAGUCAUUGGGUUGAAACAAUCUUUGCUGUUUCUAUCAUUUGUUUUGUUUAAAAUAUAUGUUUUGAAUAAAACAUAUUUAUAUUGACAGUGUUAACUUGUGUGUUCUCAUCACAAUAUUGUAUGCUGUGUUACUGCUUCAACUAAUGUGGAUAAACUAUAAUAAUUUAUUUGUAAAAAUAUGUAUUAUAGUCAUUCAACCCAUUUACUGUUUCAUUAUUAUUUUAUUUUAUUUAUCAGUUUAAAAGGACUAUAUAAUUUAUUAUUUUAUAUUACACAAUUUUAUUAAAAAGAAAAAUUAAUACAAACUACAUGGAGACACCAGCAAUUAAGGUAGUGUGGUGCAAGAUAAUUUUUAGACAGACAAAUGUGUUCCUCGUCCUGAAUGGUCAAAGAAACUCGUGAUAUACUUCUGUACUCUAAAAGAAACUUGUUAUUGAUUACUUGGUUUUGACAAAUAGAAAGCAAAAUACAACUGAUUGGUGUUUAGACAAACAUGAUUUUUUUACAUCUCCUGCUUUAUACAUACAUACAUAUGCAUACACACAUAUAUGUAUGCAUAUGUUUUAAAUCCAAUGUAUAGGGGCUACUAUAACAAAUAGAUAAAGAAAAUAUGCAACAUAGUACCGUUUCAUAACUAUAAUGAGAUUUCAUAUUGCUAAGCAUCAUUAAUUCAGCAGUUUAGAAUACACAUUUGCCUAUAAACUGAUUUAGAAAUUUAAAUUAAAAGAACUCUAAAUACAUAAUAUAUUUCACUGUCUAUAACUUUUAUGGCACUACAAUUCUAUGAGAUUCCUAAAAAUCAAUUUUAAUUGUUUGAUUAUAUUUAAACAGUCAAAUAUAUUAAGUUGAGGUGGUUUGUUCCCGAGUCUUUACAAUGUUUAUAGAAAGUCAGUAAUAGUUUACAAGGUUGAAAAUUGUGUCCCAAAUCGGUGCCACAUUGUGUACAGUAGUUGAGAUUUAACCCACCAUUGUAAUUACAAGUAUUACACUGUUAAUUUAUUUCUUUUUCAUUAUAAUUUUUAUUGUUAAUUUUCAGUUCAUAUUUUACUAUUUUUUCCACGUGUUUUGGGCUUUUCUUCAGAAUUAGAAAAGUGUGUGUGUUGUAUUAUAUUAAUUUUGUUAUAAAACCUUUAGUGUUGUAAAACCAUUAAAUAUAUUCCAAUAAGAAAAUUGCAAUGUAAUUUAUUGUUUUAAUACAAAAAUCUGUUGAUAUUACUUUUUUGUAUUUUGUUCUGUGUAACAGAAAGCCGUAAAACAAUUAGUUAAUUGGUAUUGUAUUACAACUAAUUUAUGUUUUGUAUUGAAAGUUAAUUUGUAUUUUUUAUUAAAAUAAAAGUUUAUGUUUCAUAA